UGCCGACUGUCGGCAUCCGAAAGUAACAUGCAACUCCAGCAAGAACUCGCUGCGCUUUUCGAGAGGAGUAUGACACUCAAAAUAUCAACACCCACUGCCAGCGACCAAUCACUAUGCUCUGUUCCUGUUCCCCCCGACCCAGAGUUAUACAGUAUCAGGAAGAACCCGGCCAGCACUAUGCACCUGCACCCCACAGCAAGUGACACACUGAGGUAUCACAACAUUGAUCCAUCAACACUUUUGCCAAGACAAUGGAAGCUCUACGAAGGAGCAAUGCCAGAACAACGGUCACGCCUAAUCCAGAUGUGGCAGUUGUCACCGGAGCACCGAUACCACAGCGACCAGGGUAAGACCGAGGCUACCUGCAUGUCUGAUCCCUGGAGCACAUCGUAUGAGACUCGCACGGUUGAUGAUCUUGAUAUGUAUGAUUUAGACCAGGGCGUUGACCACAGCGUCAGCCAGUAUGCCGAGCCAUACAUGAUCAAUGGCUAUAGGGCUGUCGCUCAGAAUGACAAAGAACUCUCCAACAGAAGAGACGGGAGUGCAGCAAGCGAGCCCACGGCAGGAUCAACAUACAGGCUUGCAAAUGAUCCUGUUUAUCGCUCCCAGGGCCAGAGAUGGUGGGAGUAUGAGCAUUCGGCAUCACCCAAGUACUAUGAUUGA